CUAUUGAAAAAUAGCAGUCACAGCCCUUUUCUCCCAAUCAUCCUUGUUUUCCCCCAAAGCUUGACUGCUAUUCAAAACAAGACCUCAAAAAUACAGUAUGUUCUCAUCGCUAAACACAUCCCCGCACUACGUCGUCGCAUUGACAUUUACAUCACAAUCCUCAACAGCCUUGUCGGGCUCUAACUUCUCUUCCACUUCUACUUUUACUUCUACUUCAACAUCAAAUUCACCCGAACCCGAUCCUUCUGAAUACAUGACGUUCAACCAUGCAGCGUACAUCGCAAUCGAGUCAAACACCUAACCGCCGUCGUCAAGGUGGCCGGCAUCGAAAUACCCCUAAGAGUACGACUUACGCAUCUGAGAAUGAUGUCUCUUCACUCAAGUCACAGGUUGUUGGAGGCAGUCCAGAUACACCCGUUCAAGACUCUCGCAAGUCGCAGCGCGCCAGUUCUACCAGUCAAAAGUCGCGCAAUAACAAGAAGACUAAGAAGCCCAAGGCUAAGGAUGCCGCUGAGGCAUUCAACUCAUCCAAGUCCGAUCGCACUAGUCCGUUGCUUCAACCUAAGAACAAUGAUGUACCUAUCUUUGCAGGCUCAACAUUCCACGCUUCUCCUGCCCCGUCAGAGUUACCGAUUCCCAGCUUCUUCAAUACCUCAGCCGUAGACACUCCCCAGACAAUGAAGACGAAGACCACCAUGUCUAGUCCCGAGCAAGGGCUCUCCUGUCCUACCACCGAUACAGAGGGAACAAGAAGCCCAAGCCCUGAAUCCAUUCCUCGGGCUGAAGAUUCGCCCCUUGAAUUACUCUUCCGGGCGGACAGGGCUGAGAAGGCCAGAGUUCGUAGAGCGAGUUCUGCCCAUGCGGAAGCGAACACUCCUAGUCCUUUCUCUCCACCUUUGGAGACUCACAGUUACUCGGCGAAAGAAUACAGCGAUUUCCCUACUGCCACUAUCCCUAGCCACAUGCGACGUCCGGCAGCUAAUCUUAAACGGCCUGGAAGCAUGGGGAUCUCUGCAGAUGAGCUAGAUGGUGAUCCGCGUCUACCAGUUGGCCCUGCGUUCUCCACACCUUUCCAUGAACGCAUGCGAGCGGUUCGGUCUAAUCACAUCUCCACCCCAAGUGCGCUUGUUAAUCAGGACACAAGUUCCUCGGACGAUCUCAAGCGAUAUCUACUUACUGGUCGCCUUUCUCGCGAUGACGAGCCGGUUAAGCAACUAUCAGACUCUGCACGCCAGAUUCCGGAGCAAGCCUCGCCCCCAUUUCAUAGGCGAUUACAUCAUCCCGACUUGCCACGUCGCAUGCCUCGUGGAAUGUUUCCUGCCUCUGUUCUUGCUGGAAAUGUGCGAACUGGCCAGCCGUCAGUCUCACCAGUACAGGCAAACCUUGCCAAUUACCAAGCCGACCAAAUCUCAUCAAUGGAAGAUAGUCUUCGACGAGUGCUCAAGUUAGAUUCUCCGAGUCAGUCUGUAUCGCUACGUUAAUGACCGCAUUCAUUUUCACGUUCCUCCGAACCAAUCUUUCGCAAGGUGUUACUG